AUGGCAUUCAGGGUUCUCGGCUUAUUUCUUACCAUUCAAUUCAUAAACAAAAAUGUCCACAGAAAAGCGCUGCACAAGCUCUUUGUAGACGCCGCCAUCACAAGUCCCCUUGCAUGGAACAAAUUCAUCGAUAAAAUCAGUAAUGAGCUGCAAGAGCAGAACCUGUUGGCAACUAUGUUGCUCAAUGCCAAUGUAGGGUUCCUAGCCAUCCAAACAGUCGACAAUGGCAGCAACAUUGGCGUCAACGAUAACGUCACCCGGUCACCCAUACAGGUUGCUAGUUAUGUGUUGCUUGUUGCUAGUGUUGGGAGUAUUAUCCUUGGCUUGAUACUCCUCCGUCACAAUCGUACAGAAGUACGAGAGACUGUCGAGGAGGCGGUAAUUUUCUUAAACAAAAUGGGCCACGAAAAGUAUGGUCAGGAGGCACUUCCACUGAUCUGCAGUCUUCCCUAUGUGUUACUUAUGUGGGGAAUGCUUCUUUUCCUUGUCGCGCUCCUGAUGGAGUGUUACUACCCUCGAGCUGAAGCCCCAAGCCUAAUUGUAGGAGUAGCUUCACUGACGGUAUUUGUACUCACAUCAGGGUGCAUUUACAUUUUGAAUACUGAACAAAAUGGACGACCAAAGUGGUCGUUGAAGAUUUUUUUUGAUGAACAACUGGAACUCACAUCCAUGGCUGAUAUACCUGUGAUAGAUGGUUCAGAUAAUGGAUCCCCACCACCGAGCUUGCUUUCAUGUUUCUCCAAGAGGUGCAUGGCGGUAUUCAAUGGUCAGGCCAGGCGAGAACAAGGAGCAGUGAUCGAGCUGCUACCUGCAAAUACUGUUCAAGGACAGCCUUCCAUUCUAGGAGAAGCUUCCCUGCAGCCAGACCGUGAAACUUAUUUUUUAGGGAAUAGGUCGGAAGUAUAG